AUGGAAAAGAAGCAAUUUCUCCAAAACCAAGCUAAGGAGCCUUAUGAAGAGGAAAAAAGAGAUUAUGCAAGGACAUGUAGUAACUGCAGUUCAAAUUUAAUAUCUCCAAGAGUCUUUCCUCCUUUGUCCUAUCCACCAUGUAUGAAUAUUUAUGGUGGCAAUGACUGGGAAGUUUCCCAGGAGCUAAGACUUCAGGAACUUGAAGAAGCCAAAGCCAGGGCAGCCCAAAUGGAGAAGACCAUGCGCUGGUGGUCAGACUGCACUGCCAACUGGCGGGAGAAAUGGAGCAAAGUAAGAGUAGAAAGAAAUAAAGCUCGUGAUGAGGGGAGGCAACUGAAGCUUAAGCUGGAAGAGUCAAUAAAACAGCUAAGUGCCCUGAAAAAAAUAAAUGAAGCUUUACUUGCUGAAAAGGAGGAAAUGGGAGCUCAAAACAUUUGGAAAAAUAGCUUUAGUUCUUCUGAAAUGUGUUGGAGGAAAAAUGAUUGUUUAGAACCUUUGGAGAAAGAUUCUGUUAAACUUGCCCAGAACAAAAAGAUUUUUGAAUUAGAAAGUAUCUGCCAGGAAGUUUAUGCAAGUGGACAUCCUUUAAGAGAUCAUCAGGAUAUGAGAAUUAAUCUUGAAAUUCUUGAUUCUGGAGACAAAUACAUUCCAGUGUUUCAGGAAAAUUCUAACAGAAGCAAAGAUGACCCAAUACAUUGUCAGAAUGAUGAAACAGUACAUGUAUCAGUGUUGCAUCUGCAACUCCAUGAAUCACAGAAAACCUUACAGAAGGAGCAAAAGAUCCGCUCAUCUCUGGAAAAAGAAAUAGAGAAGGUAAAGUCAGAGAGAUCUCUGUGGAAAUGGAAAUAUGAGGAGUUACAAAAGAACAAGCAGGAAAAGCAGGUAUCUUACAAAAAGAAAUUGUCAUGGGUAAUGGAAAAAUGCAUGGAUACACCUCCUGUUUUAGUUUUUGUGUAA